GGGAAAUUUGCUUGGACCGGAAGUCUACAUGCUCCCCAACAUUGACGAUUCUCUGGAAUGAAAACAGGUUGGAUCCCUGAACGGAGUUCAUUGGUGAAGAGUGCCGAGCAUAAAAAUGAAGUGACAAUCUUUAAAAAACGUCAAUACCAAGACCAUUGUAACAGCACAGCGGUAGAGUCGGCAUCUUGGCCAUUUGGAAGAUUUUGAAAAGACAACAGGACUCAUGUCCACCUCAUCAGAGCAGAUGUCUGUGAGCCCAGAUGCUAUGUCUGCCUCACCAUCGCCUUCCCCUCCUCCCCGACCAAGUACUGACGGUCGUCAGCUUCCCAGCAUCCCGAGCUCUGUGCCUUACAACGCCGGCCCUCCCUCCGCAGCCAAAGGGAACAGCCUGUCCAACAACAACAGAGGCAGCAAUGGUUACGGGCCUUUCUUUCAAGAAUACUCUCUGCUAGCAGAAUACAACCAGCUACACCAGCAAAAAAUACCUGGACUGUAUGUCAUGCCUUGUGCAAAGACACCUCUUGUAUGGAGUGGCCUUCUCUUCAUCAGACAAGGCUUGUAUCAGGGUGGGGCUUUCCGAUUCACUCUCACCAUUCCAGACAAUUACCCCGAUGGGGACUGUCCGAAAUUUGUAUUUGAAUAUCCAGUCUUUCAUCCGUUAAUUCACCCAGAGACAGGCGAAGUGGACAUCAAGAGAGCUUUUCCCAGAUGGAGGAAAAACGUGAACCAUCUGUGGCAAGUGUUCUUAUAUGUGAAGAAAAUCUUCUACAAACUGGAAGUCAAGUCACCGUCCAACCCUGAAGCAGCAACUUUAUAUGACCAGGAGAUGGAGAUGUUUAAGAACCGAGUCUCUGACUCUCUCAAAGAGGCGAAAGAUAGACUGCUACAGCCACCUAAUUUAGAAGACCCUUUUGCCCUGAGGUUCAGCCCCUGGAAUGAGGCAGUUCACCCAGACACGCGUAGACAAAUGAUUAACUCAUCACAGAAGAGAGGUCAAGGCCAUUGGAGGCAGUCAAGUGAUGCUGGCUCAGCCAACCCUUCUGACCUUGGUUUAUCCUGGAUGGAAGCGGGACAGACCAAGAUCUUCAGCCGGGACGAUGCGAGCUCAGCAUAGUGUGUGUGAUGUGUGGAGAAAGAGGCUGACCCUGAUAUUCCCCAACCCCCCCCCUCACAGAAUCAAAUGUUUGUUUAUGAGGGUGAAAGUGUUCCUGGCUGUGAAUGUGGUGAUGUGAAACUCUGCUUGCUUGUCGUCGUCGGCUGAUUGUGGUGGGAUAUGAUGGGGUCAUGUCGAAUGAACUUAUGAUGACCUGUGUUAAAUAGCAAUUGUGUAAACUAGAAUAGUGUUGAGGUACUUGGGACAAAUGGAAAAAGGCCCCUGCUAGUUCAGAAGUUUGUGUUAAGUUCGGUUGUUAUAUGUGACCGUUAUCUUAUAAAUGUCUAAUAUCUCACUGAUGAAAAGUACGACAUGUUAGACGUUUCAACCCAGCUGGUCACCUUUCUUAUAUAUGUUUUAUGAGAUUUCUCCCUAGGAUGCCGCUAGUUAUAAAAUUAUAGAUAUAUGUAUCAUAGUAAUAGAAAUAAUAAAAGUUUGUUUGCUUAGCUUCCAUUCCAACAGGGCUCAAGGUACCUUAAGUUCUCCAGGACAUAACUAGUCAUUUCGUAAGAUAUUACUAUCCUACUGCAUGGAAGUGAAGCCCUGCAGUUAUACACUCACAUUCCCUCACUACCCCCCCCCCCCUUUGUUUUUCCCUCCUUUCCUCCCUCCCUCCCUUACACACGUGCACAGACACAUAUGCAGAUAUUUUGCAUAUUGGCGACUUUAACUUAGCGUAGAUAUUUAGCAUGCUCCCGAAAUAGAGUUGGUGCACUUGUAACAAUAAUUACAUUUUGUUUAAAAGAAAAA